AUGGAUCUGUAUCUCGGCAACUGCCGCAAGGCUGCCAAAGCCGCCGCCACUAAGGCGGCCGCCUGCAGCCGAACUGCAGUCGGCCGUCCUCGCCCUCCUCCUCCUGAGCUGUGGGCGGGGUCUUGGGAGUGCGUGCCGACGGAAGGGGCGGGGACCUCAGCAGAGCUCAGGAGAAAGACUGGGGUCCUGGGUGACCUAUCUUCUGACUUCCUGGCUCCGUUCCGAGCAGACGGUAGUAGCCAGAGCUGCCUCUGGCAACGACUGGUCGUGGGGAGGCCCGGAGGUAGGGCUGGUGCCCCGGGAAAGCUGGGAGGUCUUCCCGGUUGUCGGCGGAGAGGGUUCUUUGAACCUAGAGUGUGUGAUUCUUUGGUUUACUUGGAGAUACGUAUUAGCCCACUGAAGGAGCUCGCAAAAAAAAACCCACUCCAGAGGUCGGAGCAGCUGAUCUAUUGGAUCUUACUCUUGUGGUCAAACUGCCUGUUACCCCAGGAAGCAAUAAUGUGUUCUACGCUACAAAUACAAGUGAAAAGCUUUAUCAACCUUCUUAUGAUUUUAACCUGUCUGAUCCUCACUGUCGACUUUUGGAAAUCAGCUAUAAAAGCCUACACACUCCACGUUCAAAAACAUACUGUAAGUGAAGAAACACCGUCCAGAGAUGAAAGAAGUGCGGCUACACCACCAGCAGUAAUAAAAGAGAAAUUUUCACUUACCUGAAAGGGAGCCACUCUAGACUUAAAU